AGCAGAUAAGGAGAUAAAAGCCCGAGCGCGUGGAUUCGGAGGCGCUUCCCUUAUAUGGUCAUGGUGGCUGGCUGGUCGGCGCUUCUGGCGAGACGUGUAGCGUGCCGGUCCUUCGAAAAUGUCUUAUAACAACCUAGCUGUCUGGGCUUGCCUACCCCGCACCCAGAGGGGACAACCCAUCGUGCUGGGCGUCGACCCCAAGGGCAAGAAGCUCCUCUACGCCAAUGGGAACUCAGUCAUCAUCCGCGACCUGGAGAACUCCUCCGUGGCCGACGUCUACACAGAGCACUCCAUCCAAGUUAAUGUUGCUCAGUAUGCUCCCUCUGGGUUUUAUGUCUGCUCUGGAGAUCAGCAUGGAAAGGUCCGCGUCUGGGACACCAUCAACCCUGAGCACAUCCUCAAGGCAGAGUACCAACCUCUGGGAGGCCCAAUCCGAGACCUGUGCUGGUCACACGACUCGCAGCGCAUAUGUGUUGUAGGAGAAGGCCGGGGAAAGUUUGCCCACGUUUUCAUGAUGGACACGGGAGCCUCGGUGAAAGGUGACCUUUCUGGACACACCAAGGCUAUCAACUCAGUCUCUUGGAAGCCGACCAGACCUUUCCGCAUUGCCACUGGCUCCGAGGAUAACAAGUCUGCCUUCUAUGAGGGUCCUCCAUUUGUCUUCAAGUGCACCAAAGCUGAUCACACAAAAUUUGUCCAGUCUGUACGGUACUCUCCAGAUGGUGAGAAAUAUGCCACGGGUGGAUUUGAUGGCAAGAUCUUUGUCUACAAUGGAAAGGAUGCUGAACUCAUCAAGGAAAUGGGAUCCCCAGCACAUAAAGGAGGAGUUUAUGCAGUAUCCUGGAGUCCUGACAGCAAACAGCUGCUCUCUGCCAGUGGAGACAAAACAUGCAAGAUCUGGGAUGCAGAAACAGGAGAAAUGGUUUCAGAGUUUGUCAUGGGCACAGAGGUUGAAGACCAGCAGGUGUCUUGCAUCUGGACUGGGGACUUUGUGGUUUCAGUCUCCCUCUCUGGGUUCAUCAAUUACCUUAACCCAGCUGAUCCGUCAAAGCCUAAGAAGAUCAUUAAGGGCCACAAUAAGCCAAUAUCUCGCAUUGGUCUUUCCCCAGACCGCAGUACAUUGUAUACAGCAGGAGUUGACGGCACAGUCACUGUUUGGGAUGUUGCAACAGGCGACAACGAGCGCAUUUCAGGCAAGGGCCACGGGAACCAUGUCUCUGGUGUUGUUGUAAAGGAUGACAUUGUCUUCAGUGCUGGCAUUGAUGACUCUGUGAAAAUCAUCGACCGUCUUGAGAAUGGCUACACGGGAACAUCCAUCUCUUUGGGAUCGCAACCCAAGAUGAUCGCAGCCCUGGAUGAUGGUGUCAUCUGUGUUACCACUAAAGAGAUCUGCAUGAUCCGUGACAACGUCAAAGUGGGAAGCUUCCCCAUCAGUUGGGACGGCCUCUCCAUAUCCACCAAUGGAUCGUUCAGUAACGAGGUGGCGGUCGGUGGCCAGGACAAUCUUAUCCACAUUUACACCCUUGAUGGCAACACCCUUACAGAGAAAACCACUCUGCAACAUCUAGGACCAGUGACGGAUGUGGCCUAUUCCCCCGAUGGCCAGUAUCUUGUUGCUUGUGAUGCAAACCGCAAGGUGAUUGUGUACAGUCUCCCUGGGUAUGAAAAGUUCAACCGUAUGGAGUGGGGCUUCCACAACGCGCGCAUCAACUGUGUCGCCUGGAGUCCUGACAGCAGUAUGGUGGCUAGUGGCUCUCUUGACACCAUGAUCAUCAUCUGGAGCAUGACACAGACUAACAAACACAUCAUUAUUAAGAACUCGCACCCGCAGUCGCAAGUUACCGGACUGGUUUGGCUGGACAACGAGAGGGUGAUGUCUUCAGGUCACGAUGGACUGGUGAAGACAUGGAGCGUGAAGUUUUGAGUUCUCCUAAAUUCUUGAGAGAAUCCUUCUUCUUGAAACAUGGCCUUUUCAUUCAGGACACAAGCAAAAAUAACAAUUAGAAGACCCGUUAUUUGUAUUGGGACACCCAAGAAAUUGCUUCAUGAUGGAUGUGUGUGUGUGUGUGUGCCAUUAAAAACAAAAACAAAAAAGAACUGGUAUAUAUAUAUAAAGAUAUAAAUAUACUCAUAUAUAUAUACAGGUUUUGAAGAGCAUAUCAGACUUAAGAAUAUAGGGUUUUCUCAUCACUUUAUAGGUAAGUUUAGUUCCUAAGAUUAUCUCUGAGCCCGGUAAUGCAGGGUUUGGAGCCUCUGUAUGCCGGAAAGGUUUGUCUGCUGCAAAUACUAUGUGAUUUUAUCCAAAGAAAUUUGAAUCCAUUUGUCUGCUGUUGAGAUUAGUUCUGUAACAGUGCUUUCAUGUGACUCAACCAAACUACCAGUUCUUUCUUUCCUUCUUUAUCUGGAUUGGAAAAGUAACGUUUGUAUUGAUUACUAAAAUCACAUUAAUAUUUAUAUGGGAAAUGCAUUUAUAAUAUGUAAAAAAAGAAAAAGAAAAAAAUAUAUAUACUAUAUAUCCAUAACCAUCCUUUGAGCGUAUUCUUUUGGUAUGUAUUUUGGCAAGACCUACAAGGAGUCCAGCUACACGAAAGUACAUAGUUUGACUGUUGUACAUUCCCCACACCCAUUAGGUGCUAACCGUCGUGCACUUGAAACUACUAAAGAAAGGUAAAGAAAAAACAAAUGGGAUGUUGGGAUUAAAAAAUUUUUAAAGAGAGAGAGUAAGGGCUAUGAGCUUAGUUCGUCCCACCAGAGUUUGUCCUACAGUGCAGAGAUUUGAAUUAGUUGAUACAUAGUCUGUUAUAUCAAAAGAGAAAAAGGUUGUUUUUAGUAUAUAUCUUCUAACUUAUUUUUGAUACUAGUAGCCCUGAGACUUUCAUCAUUACUGCAUAACAGUUGUAAAAUGUCAUUCAUUUCGAAGGGCUGAUGUAUUUUUCUUAAUAGUAAAAAUUCUUGUGCCAAUCUUAGAAGAGAGGAUGCAAUUUGCUUUGAGAAUAUAAUGAACUCGGAGAAAGGAUGUUGCCAAGAUUGAUGACGGGAUAACAAAUAUUUCCAACGUGAUUCACAGGAAAAAAAAAAAAAAAAGGUAUCUGGCAAUAUAGUAAAAGCAUCCAUUAAGACAUCAAAACUUCACUGCCUUUUUUUUAUAGAGGAGAAAAAUGGAAAGAAGAAGAAGAAAAAAAAUAGAGACAGACAGACAGCCCAUAUCUUACAUGAUUUACCAUAAUUCAGGAAUUGUAUCUAUUUUUAAUGUUCCUAAACAUCAACAUCUUUUUGUAAUUUUUGUAAGUGUGAAUGUUAAAAAAAAAAAGAUAAUUAUGAUUUUUGUUCAUGUGUGAUUAUUGCUUAGUCUCCGUUUUGGGCAUGUCUUCCACUCAAUGGACAUGGGAAUAAAAGAAAAAUUUAUUUAUUCCAUAUAUUUGGAAUGUGAUUUUCAUUUUUUUGUUUUUGUGUGAGAAUAAUUUUUACGUGGUUAUGCUAUAUAAAAAAAAACAAAAACAAACGAAAACUUUAAAAAAAAAUUACACAUAUAUAUCCCAGUGAUUGUUUGAUAUUCUUGUAAUGCCCAGUGAUUGUGUUAUGUAAAACUUCUCUUUAUUUUUUAUUUAAGUUCAUCAUUUACGGGCCCAAAGUGACUAUUAAAGACCUGUCAGUUUACCCCUUUCAUUUGUUUACUCUUUUCUACAUUUAUAUUUCUUUUUCUAUAUGACUUCACCAUUUCCCCCCUUUUAUAUGGCCAAUAGAAUUAGACGUACACAACUGUGAUCUUUUCCAGACACCAGUAACUUUUGUCUCACGAUGGCACUCCUGACUGAGGCAGAAAUUGAGCCGACUGCAUGAGAGCUCAAUGACAAACUUCCCCAUUGUUCUUGCAGAGGCUCUGGCAUGACCAUUCUCUCUUGUUCUUGCCUUUUGAUACGGUGAAAUUUGUGAUCUGUACUUCACAAAUCUCUUGCACACUCUCUCUUCUCCUCUCUUAAAAUCUCUUGUCUCUUUAUUUAGUAAUUCAUGAUAACAGUGUCACUAUACAUUUUUUGGAAAUGUGUCAAUUUUGGUACUUUUUAAGAAGAUCCCAUGUAACCCAAUGAAGAGCUUAUUCAACAUUGCAGGGUAAUGUUAAUCUCACUGUAAAAGGAGUAUUACCUACUGCAUAUAUAAUUCUGCUCAAGAAACUAAAGCUGAACUAAAAGAAAAAAGUAAUAGACAAGGAUUUAGUAAUGAGAACACUAUGCAGAAUCUUUUGUAAAGCCAUCUGAAUGAAGUUCAAACAAGCACUCGCAUGGAGAACAUAUGACGUUGCCAUGAGAACAGUGUGCAAAUUCCUUGUUAUAGCAGUGCAAGUACAGAACAUGAUUGAAUAUAGGAAACCCGUACAACUACAAUUAAUUAUAGCAGUUUUUCAAAAUAUUUACGCAAUAUUUCCCUCCCCUUUUUCUGUAAGGCAUCAAGUUCCUGAUGCCUUCUCAGCCUUCAUUUUGAUAUCAAUAAACAAUCACCUUGGU